AUGGAAGACGAUACAAAACCGAUCCCAGCAUUCUACUGCUGCUAUCUCCUUCGAUCUUCGGUUAAACCCAGAUCUCUAUAUAUUGGCUCAACCCCCAAUCCUGCAAGACGUUUAGCACAGCAUAAUGGCGUUACCAAAGGAGGCGCCAAGUUUACUUCAAGAGACAAUAUGAAACCAUGGGAGAUGGUAGUGAUUGUCGAGGGGUUCAUGAGCCGGACUGCCGCCUUGCAAUUCGAAUGGGCAUGGCAACAUGUGAGAGAUUCACGGCACAUCGAUCAAAACAUUCAAGAAUCGGAGAGAGCUUCAAAAACUACCUCCAAGGCUGCAUCGAAAAAUGCCCCCAAAUCAUCCACAGACAACGAGUCAGCUGCUGAAACCACAGAUAGGGAGGGUUCUGUCCAGCCCAGCCCUAAGACUAAGGCCAAAGUGAAAAAAGGAAGGCCUCGAAUUCCUAAAAGGUCCACGAUGGCUGUUUUGAGAGACCUACACCUCUUACUACGAUCAACUUACUUCUCCAGCUGGCCUUUAAAAGUGCGGUUCUUCUGCGCAGACGUUCAUAGAGAAUGGAUGAUCUGGAAUGAUCGAGUGGACGGUGUUAUUCCGAGCCAUGUCAAAGUCAUACUGGAUGGAAACUGCCUCGAUAGAAGUACUCUGAAAACAGUGGGUGAUCCCUGUGUUGGGAGUGCUCAAAACAUCAAAGCCGACUACAGUAAAAUCGAUGACUAUCUGGAGAAGACAUUGUCUCUUCUGGAUAAACAGGACCUACGUUGCAAAGUAUGCCACUCACUAGUCAAUCAAAAGGAUGAAUUGAUGGUUGUAUGCCCGCAUACAAGCUGCCUCUGCAUUAAUCAUUUACAAUGUCUAUCAACCAAAUUUCUGGAAGCCGCACAAAACCCAGACCAGCUCGUUCCGAUGCAUGGCGUCUGUCCAGCAUGUAAGGAAACCAUUCAAUGGUCGUUGAUGAUGCAGGAGUUGAGUAUUCGUUAUCGUGGUGAGAAAGAGAUGCGUGUUAUAGUGAGGAAGAAGAGAUUGGACCAGAAAAAUAUUGGUGUUUCCGAUGACUUCAUUGCCAACGGAAAUAACCCAUCUGGCCAGCAUUCAUCUGGUGUCAAAUCUGGACUAGAAGUUUACUCAGGAGUAGAUAUUUCUGACGAAGACUCCCCAGACGACCUUCUAGAUGAAAAUUGGGCAUUGGAUUUUGAGUCGGAUUCUGAUGCUGGUGGACCGUCCAAGGUGUUAUCGAAGUUACCACAACCAAGACUCGAGGUUGUAAUCGAAGACAGCGAAGACGGUGAAUUUGAAAUUCUUGGGUGA